AUGGCCGGAUUUCUUGAUGGAUCAAACAAGACGGUGGCUCAGCACCGCCGUUAACUGGACCCAAUAUUCAACGGAGCUGCUGAGCAUUCAUUACGAGGACCUCAGAAAGGACCCACGACCGCAGCUGCGUCUCAUCUUAGAAUUUCUGCAGCUUCCGGUCGACGAAAGACGAUUGGACUGCAUAGAGAAAUAUCCGCCAAAGAAAUUCCAUCGAAAAAACCGAUUAGGCGAAGAGCUGGAUGAAAAGGCAAUCUUUCCCGAGCGGAUGAGACAUGUUUUAGAUCGAGCAAUUCGAUACGUCGACUAUCGCACUCAACAGACGGGCAAUCGGGGUUUACCGCUUGACAACUACAGCUAUUACAACCAGUCCAGCUGGAAAGGAUCUCAGCCGGCUAGGACAGUGCCAAAUCAAACGUGGAUCGAGUGGAUCUCGGAUCAAUGGGGCUUCAGGGUCGAGUCUCUGCUGAAAGACCCGCUGACCCAGAUGCUUCGAGACGAAGCCGAAGCGAACAUUUUCUAUAGCUGGAAUAUUCCAUUCGCAUCCGCCUUUAACGAAUCGAAAGAACUGGAGCGGGACUUCAACUCCGGGCCACCGCUUUUUAUCCAGCAGUUUCGGCACGCAAAAUUUCCACCCAAAUGAUCCACUCGAAGUGAAUGUCACGGAGAACCCUCUCUUCCUGUAUUGCCUAAUGCCUACCUCACUGCAGUACUUUCGUGAUGGAGAAUUGAUUGAAUUACCCCAAGAGAAAUAAAAAGUGCUCCCCAACUCUAUUGCGCAAAAGCCGACGAAUGAAAUAAGAAAUAACCUAAUGAGUGUAUGAUUCGAUUUUUUUUUUUUUUUUUUUGUGACGGAGAAAGUGUAUUGAUUCA